UUGGUAUGUUGUGUAAACUGGUAAACACGACUGAAUGUACGGAUGCGCGAAUACAUCGAUUGCAUUGGAAAGCAGUGUUAUUUUACAUUUAUUUUACGAAAAUUUGAGAAUUAAAGAUUUAAAAUGAGUUAUCACCGAGGAAGUGGUAACAAAGCGAAGGGCUUUGGCUUCGCAGGCUUCCAAAUGACAGGAACGAAGAGAACUGGAGCUAAUAUACCUCCACCAACUGUGAAUGCGAAUCUCAGCAAACAAGGGUAUCACACAAUGAAUUCUAUAACUGAGAAUGCACUUUCGGCCUGCUGGGGUGUACCAAAGAAGCGCAGCAAAACUGAAGAAGAAUAUUUCGAGGAUGAUGAUGACGCUGCUCCGACUUCUUCCUUGGAAUAUAUUCCGGCGCCUGGCUCUCCCACUUACGAAUUGAUGAAGAAGGCAGAACAGAAAAAGGAAAGUGAUAGCGAGGAGGAUCCUCUCGACGCUUUUAUGGCGGGCAUUGAGGCUGAAGUGAAAAAGAAUACUUAUGAAGCAGAACUUGCAGAGGAAGUAAAAAAGGAGGAGAAAUCUAAGGGAUUUAGACAAGAUAUCGAUGGCGAAGACGUCGAGGAAAGCUAUUAUAGGUAUAUGGAAGAGAAUCCAACUGCAGGAUUGCAGCAGGAAGAUUCUGACCAGGAAAUCGAAUAUGAUGAAGAUGGGAAUCCCCUAGCGCCAGCAAAAAAGAAAGAAAUAGAUCCCUUACCUCCCAUCGAUCACAGUGAAAUAGAAUAUGAGACCUUCGAAAAGAACUUUUACAAUGUUCAUGAAGAAAUAUCGAGUUUGAAUAAACAGCAGGUUGAUGACUUGAGGAAAACGUUGGGAAUCAAGGUCUCGGGUCCUUCUCCUCCAUAUCCUGUAACUAGUUUUGGUCACUUUGGAUUCGACGAUCCACUGAUGAAAGCGGUGCGCAAAAAUGAAUACACGCAACCCACGCCAAUUCAGGCGCAGGCUGUGCCUGCGGCACUCGGUGGCCGGGAUAUAAUAGGCAUUGCCAAAACUGGUAGCGGUAAGACAGCAGCUUUUAUUUGGCCGAUGUUAGUGCACAUAAUGGAUCAAAAGGAAUUGAAACCAGGCGAUGGGCCAAUUGGCUUAAUUUUAGCUCCUACGAGGGAAUUAUCUCAGCAGAUUUACCAAGAAGCAAAAAAAUUUGGCAAAGUGUACAAUAUCCAAGUGUGCUGUUGUUACGGUGGAGGCAGUAAAUGGGAGCAAAGUAAAGCUUUAGAAACUGGAGCAGAAAUAGUAGUCGCUACUCCCGGUAGAAUGAUAGAUUUAGUUAAAAUGAAAGCGACAAAUUUAAAAAGAGUUACGUUCUUAGUUCUUGACGAGGCCGACAGAAUGUUCGACAUGGGAUUCGAACCACAAGUGCGUUCAAUAUGUAAUCAUAUAAGGCCCGAUAGACAAACCUUAUUGUUUAGCGCCACUUUCAAGAAAAAAGUCGAGAAGCUUGCACGAGAUGUUUUAACAGAUCCAGUCAGAAUCGUACAAGGCGACGUUGGAGAAGCGAAUACAGAUGUAACUCAACACGUAAUAUCGUUUUACAAUAAUCCCACUGGGAAAUGGAGUUGGUUAUUACACAACAUAGUUGAAUAUCUCAGUGCUGGUAGUCUCCUGAUAUUCGUUACCAAAAAGUUGAAUGCAGAAGAGUUGGCUAAUAAUCUUAAGUUAAAAGAAUUCGAUGUAAUGUUACUUCAUGGUGACAUGGACCAAGUCGAAAGAAACAAAGUGAUAACGGCUUUCAAGAAGAAGGAAGUCAGUAUUUUGGUUGCGACAGAUGUGGCAGCUCGAGGCCUGGAUAUCCCGCAUAUCAGAACAGUCAUAAAUUAUGAUGUGGCUCGUGAUAUUGACACACAUACACACAGGAUAGGAAGAACGGGUCGAGCUGGGGAAAAGGGUACUGCGUACACGUUGAUUACGGAAAAGGAUAAAGAAUUUGCUGGUCACCUUGUGAGAAAUCUCGAGGGAGUGAAUCAAGAAGUGCCGAAAAGUUUAAUGGAUUUAGCGAUGCAAAGUGCUUGGUUCAGGAAGUCAAGGUUCAAAGGAGGUAAAGGAAAAAGCCUGAAUGUUGGUGGAGCUGGUCUGGGAUUCAGAGGGAAAGCUGAAGCUAUGAAAGAGCAGAGUAGUGGACCUUCGUCACAGCAAUCAAAAGACGUAAGCGAAGUAGUGAAGAAGUUGGAGAGGCAUGGGCCUGGAAGCGAUCGGCUUUCUGCUAUGAAGGCAGCUUUCAGGAGUCAAUACACUUCUCAGUUCAGAGCCUCUUCAGAUCACACAUGGGAACAAACAAUUACACCACCUUCGGUAAUAAUGCCACCACCUUCUCUAAUGACACCUAAAGGUUCAGAAGAUCCGCAAUAUGAUCAAAAUGCCAGUGCGACGGCCGCAGAAAAGGCUGAACGGAAAAGAGUAAGAAAGAGUCGUUGGGAGUGA